GUCAGCAACUUUAAUCCCAUAUCGAUUGGGUUGAGUCAACUUUCGUUUGCAUUUCUCAAUUCAUAUUUAUUAAGUCAAGCAUUAUUUCUAAAUCAUUUCUCCUUUUUCAUUUCUGAAAUCGGUUACUUGACUAAGCACAAAAUGCCACCAGCACUCUGCGCUAUCUGCAAGACAGAGCGAGCCUUAAUCAAGAGACCCAAAAAUUACCAGAAGCUUUGCAAGGGUUGUUUUAUACAAAUAUUCGAAGAUGAAGUACACCAUACCAUAACUUCAUCACAGCUAUUUUAUCCAGGGGAAACAGUGGCUAUAGGUGCAUCAGGGGGCAAAGAUUCAACCGUCCUCGCUUCGGUGCUUAAGACCUUAAACGAAAGACAUAACUAUGGAGUCAACUUGAUACUCCUCAGUGUCGACGAAGGCAUUAAAGGCUACAGGGAUGACUCCUUGGAAACAGUUAAGCGCAAUGCGGUACAGUACGACAUGCCACUCAAAAUAGUUGGCUACGGUGAAUUAUACGGUUGGACGAUGGAUCAAGUCGUCGAGACUAUCGGUAAGAAGGGCAAUUGUACCUACUGCGGCGUUUUCCGGCGGCAGGCUCUCGACAGAGGCGCGAAGAUGUUGGGAAUCAAGCAUGUCGUCACUGGUCAUAAUGCCGACGACGUCGCAGAGACAGUCCUCAUGAACCUUCUUCGAGGAGAUCUGCCACGCUUAUCGAGGAGUACGAGUAUCGUUACUGGAAGUGACGCUAGCGAGGUUAAAAGGAGUAAACCACUCAAAUAUUCAUACGAGAAGGAGAUUGUGCUAUAUGCGCACCAUAAGAACCUCGACUAUUUCAGUACCGAAUGCAUCUACAGCCCAGAAGCCUUCAGAGGAAGCGCCAGAAGUCUGAUCAAGAACUUGGAAAGGGUUCGUCCUAGCGCUAUAUUGGAUGUUGUUCGAAGUGGUGAGGAUAUGGCCAGAUUGGUUCCAGGAGCUGCACCGAGCUCCUGCGGGUGUGAUGGGAAAGCCACCGCUCAGCAAGCCCCUACUGACGAAGAAAACAUUGAUGGCUGUGGUUCAACAAACGGCCGAACAAAUGGUGGUGAGAUGGCAGCGAUGGAAAAGCGACUUAGAGAAAAUGAGGCUGCUGAGGCUGCGGGUCUCGAGACGGAGAUCACAACAAAAAAGACCGAAACCCAGCAUCACGUCAAAUCGCACCAAACCAACGGUCAAGCUAAGACACCAGGCACAAAUCUGCCCGUCAGGUUAAAACAAAAAUUAGGCACCUGCGAGAAGUGUGGCUAUAUGUCGAGCCAGAAGUUGUGUCAAGCUUGCAUGCUGCUAGAAAAUCUAAAUAAGAACCGAGCAGAGAUUACAAUAUAGAUAUAGCAUGGAUUCGGCGUUUGGUAGAGUUGGGCCUGGUCGAAUAGAUGAAAUACGAUACCCCGAAUGAAGAGGAUUUUUGGCUGAAUACUGUUGUAACAAAUAAAAUUCCGUAUCAAAUGCUAU